AUGGGCAACAAUUGCUGUAGCAACGACAAUGCCGAGGGCACUGAGGUGGGACUCUUGAUGGGAGGGGUCAAACUGGAGGUGGAAAAGCGCCUUGGCACUCAACUCGCGACUUCAUCCUUCAGACCAGCUGGAGCUGUCAUUGUGGAUGAUGCCUACUCCGAGAGCAGCCGGCUAUGCACACAUCAAGACGGCUCAUCGGUACACAUGCUCAAUGCUGCUGAGCCCCGGGCGGUGAACUUGAUCCCUCUCCUGGUUCCAAACGACGCUCCAGUCGCGUUCCUUUACAACGUGCAGCUACGAAUUCCAUCCUCUCCCACAGCCCAAGUGAAGAAUGGCGAGAUUGUUUGGGACCCGUCCUUCAAGUCCGCCAACAGCUCGCUCAGCUCCAACGGUAUCAAUGUUUUGGUAAUGAACAUCACCGAGAAGGAAAAGUCCUACAGCUUUUCAGGUCGACUCAUUUGCACGCUUCGAAAUCAAUCGACAGACUCCAGACGCACGGGUGACGCCACGCCGUCGGACUGGGUGGCAGGAGAAGUGAAUUUGAACGUGGACGAGAAGGAAGCGGGGGAGGCCGGGAAGGUCACGGGACUUGGAUGGACCUGGGUGCCACCGUUUUGUGCCCCACUGGAAAGGCCUUUGGUUCGCCCUGAGAGUAUUGGUGGCAAUGAGGCUGCAGCUACGGCCAACGCCAUCAAGACGGAGUGCCAACGGGAACUCGAUGAGGCCUUGCCGGAGUACUACAACGCCAUCAAGGCAUUGGACUCCUUGGACAAGAAAGAUAUUCAAGAGGUGAAGUCUUUCGCCAAACCACCCCCUUUGGUGGAAGUGGUCCUGAGCGCCGUUUGCCUCUUGAUGAACCGCAAGGAGACCUGGGACGAGGCCAAAAAGGUGAUGAACGACACAGGCUUUUUACAAAGCCUCAAGGAGUACGACAAGGACGCUCUGGCCAGCAAUGUCAAGCUGACGCAAAAGCUCCAGAAGUACGUGAAGCGCGAGGACUUCCAGCCCGACCAGGUGAAGAAAGUCUCCACAGCCGCUAUGUCGUUGUGCAUGUGGGUGCGAGCGAUGGACGUGUACGCCCGUGUGGCUCGGUCCAUCGAGCCAAAGAAAGAGAAACUGAAAGAAGCAGAGGACGCCAAUGCUGCAGCAGAGAACAAGUUGAUGGCGAAGAAGAAGGAAUUGAAGGCUGUCCAAGACAACGUGGCUGGACUUCAGAUGCAGCUGGCGCGAGCGAGGAGUAAGGCGGAGAAGUUGGAGCAAGACGCCGAAACCUGCAAGGUGCAACUGGGCCGGGCCGAAAAGCUUUUGGCUGGAUUGGGGAAUGAGUCGGUGCGCUGGGAUGCUGCCAGCAAGAUCUUGGAGAAAAACAUCAAGUUCGUCAUGGGGGACAUUGCCUUGGCCGCGGGCUUCAUCGCGUACGCCGGGCCCUUCACCGCGGAGUUCCGCGCGAGGUUGAUCAGCCAUUGGUUAGCGAAGGCCAAGGAGGUGAAUCUGACAGCGGAUCCUGGUUGGAAGUGUGCAGACACGCUGUGCGACCCGGCAGAGAUCCGUGAGUGGAACAUCAAGUCUUUGCCCUCGGAUGACCUCUCGGUGGAGAAUGGGCUCCUGGUGACGCGCGGUCGCCGGUGGCCGUUGAUGAUCGAUCCGCAGGGGCAAGGAAAUCGUUGGAUCCGGAACAUGAAGAAGGACAGCGGCUUGGGCAUCAUCAAACUCUCAACGCCCAACUUCCUGCGGACCGUGGAGAACUGCAUCCGCGAAGGGAACGCGGUCUUGUUGGAGAACGUUGAGGAAGUCUUGGAUCCCUCGUUGGAACCGGUGCUCCUGAAACAGGUCUUCAAGAAGGGUGGCCAGUGGUUGCUCCGGCUUGGAAGUGAAGAUGUGCCUUACCAUGAUGACUUCCGUUUCUUCGUGACCACCAAGAUGGCCAACCCGCAUUACCUGCCGGAGAUUUGCAUUAAGGUGACCGUGAUCAAUUUCACCGUGACGCUUUUGGGCUUGGAGGACCAGUUGGUGGCAGACGUGGUGAAGAACGAACGGCCCGAUUUGGCCGAGCUCCGUGCGAAUUUGGUCGUCCAGAUCGCUGCAGACAAGGCCGAGAUGGACCGCCUGGAGCAGUUGAUCUUGAAGCUCUUGAGCGAGGCGGGCGACGACUUGUUGGCGGAUGACACGCUGAUUGUGACGUUGGAUCAGUCCAAGCAGACUGGAGACAGCUGCAAGGAGCGCAUGGCUUCGGCCGAAGAGUCCAUGAAGGAGAUCGACGAGGUCACGGAGAUCUUAAGACCCUGCGCCACAAGGGCCUCGAUCAUCUACUUUGUGGUGGCGGACCUGGCCAACAUCGAUCCCAUGUACCAAUAUUCGCUUCAGUUCUUUGCAAGCCUCUUCGAGCAGCGCCUGGCGGCCUCCAGAACCUCCGAAGAUAUGCAAGAGUGGGGGGAUCCCAGUCGGAGUUUUUCUUAUAGCGACGUCAAUAGCGUGAGUGGGUAG